AUGGAGAAGAAACGGCAACAGUUCGGCCUGCGCUCGGAUGAAGUUCCCGCUCAAUUCCGCGAAAUGUUCAUCUGUUCUGGCUAUCGCAAACCUUACAGUACGGCGAUGGAUUGUGUGAAGAGUGCUUUCUUGCCACUGAACGAAACUGUCAACGUUUGGACACACUUUGUCCCUUUUCUGCUUUUCCUGGUACGUUUUGCGUUCUUAUUCUCGAAAUAUUCUCUUAUCAAGGACGCCUAUGUGUAUCCUUUGCUAUCAUUUGCCAUUGGAAUCUGCGGAUUUUUAUUGAUGAGUUCUGGAGCACAUCUCUUCAACUCCAUGUCUCCGAGAGUACGACACAUUUGCUUCUUCUUCGAUUAUUCAGCAAUAAGUGUUUACAGUGUCGGAGCAGGACAAGCAUUCUACUUCUACAGUCGCUCUCUGAAUAGUAGUGACACUUUGUUCAAUUCCUGUAGCGCUUUCCUAGCGAUUUCAUGUUUAAUUUCCGUUUUCUCAACCUUCACCUGUUGUGCCUCGAGGCACAGAUGGCCUAAGAUGAAAUACGUUAUUCGCACGCUUUGCUUUGUGCUAGCGUUUUUCUUCAACAGUUUCCCAUAUUUACAUCGUGUAUUUGUGGAUUCACCAUCCCAGUUUGAUACGCCGGAAGAGCAGCUCGCCAUCUCCUAUUUCCGACGUCACUCGGUCUUCUACCUAAUUUCCGCGUUAGCCAACAUGUCGCGAAUGCCUGAGCGGUUAAUACCCGGUGUGUUCGAUUUCGUUGGCCACAGCCAUCACUUCCUCCAUGUUUUCACUGCUCUUGGGGCAGCGGAUCAAUUCACAGCCAUUCAAAUCCAAAUGGAAUCGAGACGAAACGAUUUGGAGCGUUUCCCAAUUGCAACAUUUGGGAACAGUUUAGGUCUUAUGGUGUUUAUUUGUGUAAUUAACUGCGGUAUAGUGUUAUGGUUUGGUAAGAGUCUUCGAUCGAACAAGGAGGAAGAGCACAAAUCACUAUAACUGUUUAAAGAUGUUACGCGUUUUAUUUUUCGAUCGAUUGUGUUACAACCUUCCGUAGCUUUGGGAUUCGAUAGGUGAAACUUUGAAUGAAAUAAGCAUACUUCUAUUCAUUAGUCUUUUGUUGCUUUGAGAAGUGUUUGUGAUUUUUCAUUUUUCAAAAGAAAUGCUUGUAAGACAGUCACAAUAUCACUGAAUUUCUAGCUCGCAGGUAAUAAAACAUUUAACAGGGAAUACUUCAAUUGAUACAAGUCUAGUUUAAAAUGAAAUCGCUUUUUGAAGAGAAAAGUUGACAGGAAAUAUAGAAUUUUGCUAUUCUUGGUGAAAUAAAUUGAGAAAAACGUUGUUUGUUGGAAGAAAUGUUUCUUUAGAGUAAGUUAGUAAAAUUUGGUCGGCUUAAUAUUUGAGAAAUAAACGAACAAAGAUGAAUCUGUCAGUGUAUAUUUAACCAGUUUAUUGUCAUAAGAACAUGGGACUUGAUUUCGAAUGGAAUUGGUUCCAGGUAUAAGUACCCGCCAAAUGAUAGCUUAACUUGAUAAAAUACCCGCAGCCAGUGACGUUAAUUUAGACUAUCCACUUAUCAUAAUUUAUUUUAUAUUCAAUUUUCUGAUCGGCUAUCCCCCGUACCUUUUUAUUUUAAUUUAUUUUGUCGUUCCUGCUAAAAUUGUGCCACUGAAAUGUUUUAGUUUAGUAGCUUUGGGGAUGAAGUUUCUUGUUUUCUUUUGGCGAAGAGAUGCGGUCUAAGCUCACUGACAGAAAAGUUAAAAAGUUAAAAGAAAUACCAUACUUUAUUACAGUCUUCCUCUCUGAAAAGAUCCCAAAUUAAAUAACGGUGCGUUCCUUUAGGUUGCAGAUGAGUCUUAAGAUGCUAUCCGAGGGAGGGAGGGAAGGUAAUCCUUGACCAGUCUGUCACACGAUGUAAAGCGUGACACUGCUUUGGCUGUAUCCCAAAUUAAAGCUAGAAGCUAGAGAUCUAAACAUGACUGUCGGGGAGUUUCUUGUUUGCUUCUCAGAAAAAUGCCACAAAGAAGACAUAAAACAGUACAUCAUCGAUUGUCUAAAUUCUGCAAAGUUUAGUGUCACCCGAGAGGAAUUUGAAGGGAAAACUUUACUAACCAUCGGCGCUCAGUUCGAUGUCCUUGCCCAGAAGGUGAGGCUGGUGCUUAGGUCAGAUAGCGAACAAAUUGUUUUGCUCAAAGAGUAUUUUUAAAAAAUUAUUUGGGCCUUCGAUACCGUUAAGGAACAAGAAAUAUUACUGAGUAGAGAACUUCUUGUUUAGGCGGAAGAGACCGGUUUGGAGAAAAGAGCAACAGCUGAAAACAAGGUAGGAACGUUUAUCGUGGUUGUUUGCAAGUGGAUGCACUGCAGAUUUUUUUAUUCUUGUUUAAUAUUAAUGACCAAUAUUAGCAUAGGCCACGUUUUAAUACUUCGUGUAUCUUAGAAAUAUCGAUUCUUUUGGAGAGUUAUUAUGCUUUUUGUUCCUUUAAAAUUAUUGAGUUUAACUAGAGAGGCUAUAAUUUCAUAUUUCCCAGAUCCGACUGAGAUAUAUUGCAACAAACUAGUGCGUGUAAACUGUCAGAAUUGUUUAACUUGUACCGAUAAGUUUGUACUUUGUACUUUUCCGCCACAAAAUAAUGGUAAAGGCAGUGCUAAUGAUGAUGAUAGGGUUUAAUUAACUUUUUUUAAUUGCAAUAAAUUAUUCCCAUUUCUUGACAAAGAGAAGGGGGGGGUUACUUACACCCGAAUACCCUCUUUUGCCACACCCGUAAUGACUCGAGUUUGUUUUUUCACCCAAUAUGAAGCACUUGUAGGGUGUAGUUCAUUUUCUGUUCUGAACAGGCCUCCUAACCCCCCUCUCUCCCAACCCCAAUUGAUUCAAGGGCUCAUUUAUUUCUUUUUGCUUUCAAUGUAUACUUAGGCUGGCUUUACCCUUUCCUUUGAGUGAAAAACAGUAGGAUCAGGCAGGCACAACCAAUUUUUGUUCCUUUUCCACUCUUUUUCCAGUGCCCACUUACUGAAAGCCUAGAAAAGGCUACAUUUUGUCCUUCCUGCCCCAAAAAGUAGUAGGUAACAGGAGGGGGUAGAGAAGAGGGUACCUUUAUCAAGCCCAUCUAUUGUCUGCCAGUAACAAUGAGUUUCUUGCUGUUCAUUAAUGAACUAGAAGAAAAAAAUUUCACAGGAUUGAUGAACUUGAAAUUGCUGCAACUUUCACAAAUUUUUCCACAGAUUUGCCAGUUUGUUUUUGAAAGGCUUAGUGAGUAUGUUGGAAAUGAAAAUCAGGAAACGUUUUUCACUCCAGCUGAAAGAGCAUAUCUGCUUGAGAUUUGCUUGGAAUCUGUGCAGUAUAACAGGGUAAGUUGAUCCUAAAUAAUGUUUUACUAGACCAUAGAAAACAAUGAUUGUGGUAAGUUUGCCACAGAUUGUGGUUACUCCUUGAACAGUGCAUGAUACUAGCUCUUGUCAGGUGUGUUUCAAUGACUUAAUGCAGCUUUUUAUUUGAAUAACUAGCAAAAAUGCUGCACUCAGCUAUUUAUUUAUCUGAGGAUUGAAGAACAUGAUUGUUGAAUUUCAAUUAUGAAAUUUAUUAGCUUAUAAAAACCUUGUGCGACAUUAAAUUACAUUCAAUUAUCAUUUUGUUUACAAUUUUUUUUCUUAAAUUUUAAAUGUUCUAAGUAAAAAAUAAAGUUAUGAUCAGAUUCUUCCACGAGAAAGAAGAACUCUUUAAAAUGUGCUACUCCCAGUGUGUGGCUUGGUAGCCUAGUUUCUUAGUUGGUAGUAGCACCCAAAUAGUAUCUGGGAGGCACAGGUUCAACUCUUAUCAAAGCCUGAUUUUUUUUCAUUUCUGCAACUGCUUAAAUUGUGUCUCACCAGUGAGAACCAUGAAUUGCUUUACUUUAUUUCCUCUUUGUUAGGAGCAUUUGAAGUCUCUUGGUGUUACCUUCAGAGGGGAGGGUUCGUUUGUUACAGACUUGCUGCAUUCCAAGCCACCAAUUUUUGAGUCUGCUUUGCCUCUUCAUCAACCCCACGAACAAGAGAAAAUAUGGAACAAAAUGAAGCAAAAUGUGAUUGUUUGUCCCUUGCAAGAAAUUAGAGAUUACUAUGGUAAAAGUGAACCUUUAUCAAAUGAAUAUUAUGUUAGGAUUGCUUUUAUGUUUAUCUGUAACUGUACCAAUCUGAAAUGAAAUGUAAGACUAAUGAAUAUGAUAUAUGUACAUGCUAAAUUUACUGGAAAGGACCCAUGAUCUGCCUGUGAAAAAUAACAUUGAUAAUUGUCUUGAUUAUAAAAACAGACCCUCUUAAAAGGGAGAAAUAUCUUUAAUUCAGAAACACGCAGUACCAAGAACUGUUUAUUUCAAUAUCUUUAUACUAUGAAUGUGUCUGUAGAUAUCUUAUCCAGUUUCCUGCUUUGUUCCUAUGAUCCUUGAUGUCCCUAUCAUACUAUCCUCAGUGCCCCACUCCUUCUUUCAGACACUGUUAUGUUCCUUAUUAUUCACUGAGAAAGUUAUUAUUGUUGUUUGUUUGUUGUUGUUUUUUUCUUAAUGUAUAGGGGGCAUUUAUCUGUCUCUGAGGAAGCUAAGCAAAAUUGGUUCCACUCUAAAUAAAUCUGUAACUUUUUUUUGUAGGAGAAAGUGUAGCAUUUUAUUUUGGAUGGAUGACAUGUUUCACCUGGACUUUAGUGCCAAUAGCUUUUGCAGGAGUCCUGUUGUAUUUCUUCAAGCCACCUGGUGUCACUGUGGAUGACAACCCUCUGUUACCAUUGUAUGAAGUUCUAAUGGCUUUCUGGGCAAUCAGCUUUCUGACAGUAAGUAAGACUUGAUAAUCAAUUAGAUCAUGGCCUCUCCUGAGACCCUUGAACUCCCAAGAUCUGACUUUUGAUUCUCCUUUCCAGCUGCUACAUAUUUCCUUGCAAUUUAUUUACAAGAAUUUGGGGCUAGAUCAAGAUAACAACUACCUGAUAAGUUUGAGUUAAUGUUCAUUACCUGUUUGCUGGAUGAUGUGUGGAAUUGCUAAAGGGAGAAGUUACUAGUCAAUCACUUUUGGGAGUGGAAAGGUUAACUCUUUACUUAACAUGAAGUAGGUUUUACAAUCAUGAUAAUGUCAAUUGUGAAAAUAUACAAAUUUACCAUUAAACUUCUCUACAAAAGCUAUCAGAUUACUAAUUUCUUAAAUUAUUUUAGCUACUAAUUAAUCUUUCAGCGAUGAAAGAAGGGGGGGUAAGUUUACCAAUUACUUAUUGACAUGUCAGGAAAUUAAUUUUUUCAAUAUAUGGCCUUGUGAACUCAUCAUUUCUUUUAAUUCCUCAAGCAAUUUUUUUUCCCAUUCAGCUCACUAAUUAUUGCUCAUUUGUAGGAUCAUUUGUUAAAUAUUAAACAUCAAUUUAUUUCACUAUCAGGUAUGGAAAAGAAAAGAAUCAGAAUAUUCUUUUUUGUGGCGAACACAUGGCCUUGAACACUUAGAACUGCUUCGUCCUGAGUUUUCUGGUGAAAUACGGCCCAGUCCUAUAACUGGCAAACCAGAGAAGUAUUUUCCCAGAUGGAAAAGAUGGCUACGUUAUGGUUUAAGUUUCAUGUUGACCUUACCAGUCCUUCUGUUGGCUAUUGGUGCAAUGCUGUGUUCACUGAACUUCAAUGGAUACAUCAAGGAUAAAGAGAGUCCUGUCUAUAUUGCAUCCUUUGCUUACUUUGCAGAACCGGUUAGUUUCUAAGCUGUUUGAGUGAACUUUUAUUCUUGGUUGAAAUGUUUAUCCAAACUAGUUUUGUUUGUAAUUUACUUUGUUUGUAUUAAUCAUAAUCUUAAUUUAAACAAGAUUUUAAACAAAGAGAAAAUUUUAACUGCAUUUUACUUAUCCAUCUUCCCAUUAUUAAAUUUAUGUAUAUCAAGUUAUCUUAGUUGUAAGUGAUAGUGAGUGUACAGUACAUUAUCCUAUUUUGAUCUUUGGAAAUAAAUUGUAUUUAGCAUAUGGAAAUUCACUGAUCAAAACAUCAUAUUUCAAACUAACACUACUCAGCUAUUAAUAUUUAUCUGAGAAUUGAAGAACAUACAAUUGUUUAAUCUGACAGUUACUAAAUUUCUUAGCUGAUGGAAACCUUGUCUGACAUUAAAUUAUUCAGACUUCUCAUAUAAUAUCUUAAAUUAUCAUGGCUUCUCAUAUAUUCCUCCCUCUUUCAUUCAUUUCUGCAAAAUGUGAAAACUGUACAUGUAGAUCUUUUGUGAAUUUUCUGCUUUCUGCUUUCUGCCACUCUGUUGCACCUUGAAUAUCCUGAAAACUUCCCAUCCUAUAAUUAACUUAAGGUAACUCCAGAAAUCUUUUUAACUAUUGUAAUGUAAUCUCUUAUUGCUUCUGUAACAAAAACUCCUAUAAAAAAAAAAGGUUAUGGACUGUGUUCAACCCCUUAAACCUUAAGAGUGACCAGCUUCUAAUUUCUCCUUUAUGUUCAUAAAAUAAUAAAAGUAAUACUACCUGUUGAGUCAUGAGAGUAAAGGAAAUGAUCACCAACCUAAUAAGCUUUGAUUGUUAAACAAAUUCUCCUUGUCAGUACCAUGGGAACUGUAUGGAAAACAGUUUGGAGAGUAGGGUGUAUUCAGGGUUAGCCUUUGUAUGAGGGGUGGAAUGAAAAGUGCUCUCUAAGUCUCCUUUUUUGUUUUACUGUUGUUGAUCAUUUAAUAAUUUCUUUUUUAUUAUUAUUAUCAUUAUAAGGGCCACAUUUUUGCAGCUGAUAACAAGUACUAUGGUUACCUGAUCCCUACAAUUGGCCAUUCAGUGGUUAUCAAUAUUUUGAACAAACUGUACCGUUCUGUGGCACACUUUUGUACUGAUCUGGAAAAUCAUAGGUAAUGGUUUGAACCUGUUUUCUCAAAUUAUUACACAAAUAUACAAAAAAAACUUUAGCUGCAUAAGAUGAUUUAAAGCAAUAGAAACUAUGGCCAAGUUGUUCUCUUCAACCUGGACAAGGAAUGGCAGGUGUUUAACCCUUUAACUCCCAAGAUUUCAUCAGUAAUUCUCCCUACUGUCUGCCAUACAAUUCAUGUGAUGUUAGUUUGGAGAAUUUGAAAUUGGAUCAACCAAUAAUCCCCUAGUUGAUAUCUUUCUUUAUUCUCAUUACAUAUCUGCUUGAUAUUAUACAUAUAGUGUAAGGAGAAAUUCUGUUUGGGUCUCUACUGGGACUUAAAGGGUUAAGACAUUGAGAUAUAAAUGAAAUUUGAUGAAAAGGAUGUUUAUUUAUUAAGUGCUAGGAAUCUAAAUUACUUUUUGCAAAUAACCCUCUGACACCUAAGAGUGAUUGGCAUCUGAUAUCUCCUCACAGUAUCACCAUGAAUCACACAUUGAGGUUAUGAGAAUAAAGGAAAUGAUCAACUAAAGAAUCUCUUGAUUGUGAAAUGAAUUCUCUUUGUUAGCUCAGAAAUGUAUCAAGAGAACACUAAGGAGAAUAUGUAUUCUGAUAUUAGGGUGCAAAGGGUUAAGCAAUAGAUAUGGCAAUGGACAGAAUGAUUAUUCAUCUUGGGUGAUUUUUCUGUUCCACAAUGGAACACAAUUUUGUACUUUGUUACAGAAAGAACUCAAUUGUUAUAAUUUUCUCUUGUUUUUUACAGGACUGAAAAAGAUUGGGACAACUCUCUUAUAAUAAAACGGGUCUUGUUUGAGGUCUUUGACUGCUUCCUUCCUCUCUUCUACAUUGCAUUCUACCAGCUCAAUGUUGUUGCUCUGAGGAGAGAACUUGUUGGACUGUUUUGGGGUAAGUGUGUGAGUGAAGUUAUACCCCUUUGGGAUACACUUUUUUUUUUUUGGGUGGGGGUGGGGGAAUUGGGAAUGUCAUUUGAGCAAAAAGUGGAUUAUUUGCAGUUGUAUUUCCACUGAUUCAAUAUUUAGAUUCACCAACUUUUUUGCCUUUCUGUUUUUGUCUUAGGUGAUGAAAUUCGUCGCCUAGUAACAGAAUCAAUUCUCCCAUAUUUGACAGAGAAAGGUCAUGUAUGGAAAAUACAGAGAGAUUAUGCUAAAAGCAAAAAGGAUUCAGAAGAGAAAACGUUUAUUCCUUCUCAGGUGAAUACACUGAUCUGUUCAUCCUUUAUCUACCAUUUAUAAUGCAAACAUAGCUACAAGUUGCAUUAUUGUUUUCUUCAGAUUUAAUUUUUCCUUGUUUUUGAUGCAAUUUAAUUAUAUUUUUGGUCUACUGGUUGUCUGGUCUUAAUUUUAAUUAGCACAUCUUUCUAAUGAUAGGCUCAGCGGGACAUUGUUUUAGAGGAAUAUGAACAGUUUGAUGAUUAUUUGGAAAUGGUUGUACAGUUUGGGGUAAGUAUAGUUUUUCAAAUUAGCAGUUUAGGACUAGAAUUAAUCUGGUUAUAAAGUUAGGUAAUUGUACAAAAAACAUGAAAAAGGAGAGUAUAUUUUAAAUUCCAAUAGUUCACUGAUUCCUGACUUUUAAAUUUUACAUAUUAUGGAAAAAUUAAGUCAAGUAUGUUUAUUAAUUUAUUAGAAUAAGAGAGAAGGUAAGUUUUGAGCUUGGUAAAGAAAUAGAGAAAGAUGUUUUUUGUCUUAUCUCAAGCGUGGGACAAAGAAAAAUUCUGUUCAAAUUCUGUGCUCCCUUGCUCUACCACUGAGCCGCAGAAACUAUAUGGUGAGCAAGGCCCAUUACAAAGUUCAUGUACAACAUAUGUACUGCAUACUUCAAGGAUCAGCAAUUUCAAUAGCAAUUAAUCAACAAUUUCUUUUGUUCACCAGUAUGUGACACUGUUUGCCUCUGCAUUUCCACUUGCUGCUGUUGUGAGCAUCGUGUUCUUGUUCAUAGAGGGAAGAGCUGAUUUGUUCAAGUUACUUUAUGUGUGUCAACGACCACGAGUAAGAAGGUAUGUCCAGGGUUAGUUCCUUGCAGGUAAACAUGAACAUGUACACAGUACCCCAGAACUUCUAAAUUCUCAAAAUUCAAACUGUCUUUCACUUGUCUGUUGGCUCAAACUAAUGAAGACUAAAACAAUUUAUUGUUAUCCUGCAAAAUAACUUGAAUUAGCCCCAGGCCUCUGUACUGCAACUGGUCAGCUGUUGAGUGACAUUUGUCCCUUCUGUCCCCCAGGAGCUCCUUGUUUCCUUAUCAACCCUUUACCUCCCAUGAGUGACCAGGAGAGAAUUUCUCCUUACAAUAUCAAAACAAUAUCAGCAUAGAAGUUAUGAGAAUAAAGCAAAAUAUCAAUUAGGGGAUUAUUAGUUGGUUCAAUACCAAAUUCUCCAAAUUGACAUCAUAAGAAUUGUAUGGCAGACUGUAAAGAGAAUUACUAAUGAGAUCUUGGGAGUUAAAGGCUUAAAGAUGCCUAAACACAUUCGCUGUCUACAUUGUUCGCUGUAUGAGUGAAUGUUAUGUAAGAGUGGUGUGGCAAGGAAUAAUUUCAUCCAGGAAGAGAAGAAAGUUCUCUAUUUGGUCACUUCAAAAGUCAUUAAAAAGAAGUCCUCAAUAUCUUGUCCUAGAAUUCUCCGUGUGGUUGCUAAGCUAAGAUUUAUAAGUCCUUUCGCAGGGUAUCCAAUAUUGGUGUGUGGUACAAUGUCCUUUACCAGAUGAUGGUCCUCUCCAUGCUUACAAACAGUUUAAUUGUUGGAUUUUCUUCGGAACAACUUGCUGUUUGGUGUCCCUGGAUGUAUGAGACCAUUGACAAUGAUCAGUUCAUUGUUUCUGGAUAUGGAAGGUGAGUAGGAUGAAUGAGAUCAUAAGAAACACAUAACAUUUCCCAUUGUUUUCUGUAUUAAUAUUAUUAAUUUGCACUUGGUAAUCUCAAUUUGUUUUCAUUUUUCAGGUAUGUUGUGGCUAUUGUGUUUUGCAUUGAGCAUUUCUUGAUACUGUGUGCUGUAAUAGCAAGAUGUUUGGUGUCUGAAAAACCCAAGUGGGUACGCAUUGCAGUUGCCAAAGAAAAUUAUGAGAAAGCACUAGAAGAGAAGAAGAGAAAACAGAAAACUGAGUAGGGAACAUGGCUUGAACAGUUUGGCUAUCUUCUCAAUUUCAAACAUGUGACUCCACUGAUGUCUGCUGGUAUUAAACACACUUGGAAACUCAGGAAAUCUAGUAUCUAAUUAGGUAGAAUGCAAUAUUUAAUUGGACUAAUACACUGUAGUAAUUAACUCAUUGACACAAUGAUCAAAGUUUUAAUGCACAGUUCUUUAUCAUUUUCCAUUGCUCUUUAUUAGUUCUAGGUCAAGUUUUUCAGUUUGUUUUUGUUUAUAUUCCUGGAUGUUUUCUCUCAGAUAAAGCAUGAAUCAUCAAUUGCUAGCUCAAGAAAUAUUGAUAUUAGAAAUUAUAAAUAGAAAUUUAAUACUUCAAACAGUUCUUUUUGUGGGUAAUUUAUUCAACAAUUCAUUAAAAUUAUUUAUAGCUGCACAAUUUGUGGGAAAUAUAUUCAGUACACUGUGUUUAAAAAAGUUACUCAUAAAAGUCUGUAACAAAAAUAUCCAAGAACUUCAACUAAUUGUAUUUGUAAUACCAAAGUAUGUGCUGCAAUGCACCAAAUAAAGUUGGAAUUAAAGAUAAUUUAUUGACGGU